GUAUAUAAUACAUACGAUCUUUGACGAAGAAUAGGCAACACAAACCAAUAAAGCUCAAGGCGGCCAUAUUUAUUUUUCAUUCUUUUUGACGUGCCUGUCACAACAGAGCACGCAUGCACGUGUAAAAAUAUACAAAAAUGCGUAUAGAAACGUGUUAUUUCUGCUCAUCCAGGAUAUAUCCUGGCCACGGCAUACAGUUCGUCAGAAACGACUGUAAAAUUUUCAGAUUUUGCCGAUCAAAAUGCCACGCAGCGUUCAAAAAGAAGAAGAACCCGCGUAAAACUAAAUGGACUAAAUCUUACCGUAAGACUGCAGGCAAGGAAUUGGCUAUCGACCCAUCGUUUGAGUUUGAAAAACGUCGCAAUGCCCCAGUCAAGUAUAACAGGGAAUUAUGGACCAAGACCAUUGAGGCGAUGAAAAAGGUGGAAGAAAUCAGACAGAGGAGGAGUAACAAUUACAUCAUGCAAAGAUUACGUAAGGGUAGAGAGGUGGAAUGGCAGAGAGAUGUCAGGGAAGUACAACGGGACAUUUCCUUGAUAAAAUCCCCGGCAGCCGGUCUAAAACAGAGACAAGCUGAGGAAACCAUGGAGAUGGACGUAGAACCGGAAACCAUUGAGGUGGUGGACGCUAAAGGAAGGAAGCAAGUCAUUGAGGCUCCAGUCAUGGUGCCCGCUACUGGAGAAAUGAUCGAAGACGGAGGAGACAUUGAGUUAUAAGAAUACAGACCAAUGGCUGAUUUUAAUAAAUGAUCCCAAUCUCUUAUUGACACUUUGUAAAAAUUGACCAAUCAGAAGAAUGUUUUUUUGACAUGAUAACAAAUGGCUUGUUUUGAUUGGUUGAUUCUCAGAAUUAAAUCAAAGAUUAAGAUUGCGAUUACUUGAACUGCCAUCAGAGUGAUUAACUGUAGAUGAGUUUAAAUGUCUUGUGCACUUGCUGAAGUUAUCUUGUAGAUUAAAGACUGCCUUCUAUUCUAAUUACCCUAGAUUUGAUUUUACUUGCAAGGUAUCAAGUAGAAAAUGAUUUAAGUAUAUUUGUUGUUUUAUUACAAAAUAUUUCUUACAUGUUAAAUACUUUAUCACAGUGAUGUAUUAUUUUUUGAAGGAUUUGCUUUGAAACUAUUUAAGAGUAGGCAAGUGCACAAAAUAAUGUAAUUUUUUCAAAAUAUUACUAUAUUGUCCGUGACAAGUACUUGUAAUUUUGGUUUGUUAAAACUGCUAACAUAACAUUCUACUGUGGAUGUAGUUGGUACUGUUUACAACUAGACUAUGCUGCUACAUUUUGUAUCUAAACAAGUACAAACUUUCAUCAUCUGGAAAUAAAUGAAAAUAUAAACUA